CGUCGACGAGAGGCUGGGAGGUCGAAGCUCCGGAUUCGCCAUUUUGGAUGCAUAUUGUGGGACGCGUGGGCGUGAGCCAUCCGGGGAAACACAUCACGUCCGCGGGGAUCUUCUCAUUUUACCCCCGUGCCCCUACGUGUAAACAAAAAGUGUGAUUGGCAAUGGACGUGGGAGCGCGCAGAUGGCGCGAUGCGGCAUCGUGGGUGCUUUAAAAGGGUUGCGUCCAGAUGGAGGAGGAGCCGGUCCCGCAGGAUAGGAAGCUUCUCUCCCUUCACUUAUCCCUCUUCCCUCUCUUGCGAUUGAGUGAUUUAAGUGACAGCCACCAUGAUCCCAACACUUCCAGUCCUGCUGGUAUCCAUCCUGGGGCUCGGCAUCGCUUCUGCAGCACCUCAGAAUGGCCAGAAGGGCGGGUUCAGCGAUGGUCAGCCAAACGAUGGCAAUGGCAAAGGAGGGCCGCUUCUUGGAGGAACGAACAGGGCGCUCGACCUGCAGAAUCCAGACAAUCUCGGCCAGCAGCCUACCGACAAUGGUGUCGUGCCGAACGUGAAGUGGAGCUUCUCCGACUCCAAGACGCGUCUCCUCAAGGGUGGCUGGGUCAGGGAGCAGGUCAUCACAGAUCUCCCCUCGAGCCACGACAUUGCAGGCGCUCAACAGCAUCUCGUCAAAGGCGCCGUUCGUGAACUCCACUGGCAUCGUGUUGCCGAGUGGGGAAUUGUCUACGCCGGAAGGGUGCUUAUCAGCGCUGUCGACGAGUUCGGCCGAUACCAGGUCGAGGAGCUCGGCUAUGGCGACAUCUGGUACUUCCCCAAGGGCGCGGCACACACAAUCCAGGGGCUGGACGAGGAGAAUGAGUAUCUCUUGGUCUUCGACGAGGCCGACUUUGACAAGAUUGGCACGACUUUCAUGGUUGACGAUUGGAUUGCCCACACCCCGCGCCAUAUCCUCGCCAAGAACUUCGGCGUGGACCCGUCUGUCUUCGACAAUGUCCCUGCUCCAAACCCGUACAUUUUCAACGGGACGGUCAGCACUCGGAAUGUCACCGACGGACCGGCUGGCACCCUCUCAGGGGACAGCUCCUACGUCUACCGCACCCUUCAGCACCCUCCUGAGAAGGUGCCCGGCGGAGGUGGCGAGUUCCGGAAGAUUGACUCGACCAACUUCCCCAUCAGCAAGACCCUUGCGGCAACCUUUGUGACGCUCAAGCCUGGUGGCCUCCGAGAGCUCCAUUGGCAUCCGAACGCUGAGGAGUGGCUUUACUUCCACCAGGGUCAUGCUAGGGCCACCGUCUUCAUCGGCAACAGUGCUGCGCGGACCUUUGACUUCACCGCUGGCGAUACUGCUGCGUUCCCGGAUAACUCAGGGCACUACAUUGAGAACACCUCCGACACCGAGGACCUUGUCUGGAUCGAGAUCUACAAGUCCGACAGGGUGGCUGACAUUCCAUUGACCCAGUGGCUGGCCCUGACUCCGGCGGAUCUCGUUGCGCAGACACUGAAGGUGCCAAUCAGCUUCGCGGAGCAGUUGAAGAAGGACAAGCAGGUUUUGGUUGCCUGA